GUGCGUGUGGUCGUAAACUUGGCGAUUGGACCCAGGCGGAUAACUUCGCCAGAGACACUUUGUGUGUGCCACUAUCGGACAUUGCCCAAUUUUCAUUGGUCAGCAUACUUUAGGGCACUUGGAUGAAGAGGCAGCACGGGCCACCCACAAGGUCCGUUCUCCAAAAAUCCCGUUGGCACUUUUUUUUCACCGCUUCCCGUGGGGAAAGUACCAAGUCCGCGUUUUUCUUGUUGAUACAAGUUUUCCUCCUCCUCCUCAACUCGUCGUCCGUCUUUGCACCUCAAUAUCAACCGAAGCUUCAUUCAUUGAGGUAUGUACAAUCAUAUGUCCAAUAUGGCGACUUAAUUGAAACAGAAUGGCGUAUGCCUUUCUCGAUGGCAGAGGGGAGCAAUCAGACUGAGUCAGUGUCGCCGCUGCCGAAAUACACGACACACGACGAUGACCUUUGAUACGCUCCCCUCCUCAGCAAUGAGCGGCAGAACCCUCUUCAAUUUGCGCCUUGGAGGGCACUCUCCCUGCUCGUAGCCUCGGAA